CCAGUAUGGUCUCGAUCUCCUGACCUCGUGAUCUACCCGCCUCGGCCUCCCAAAGUGCUGGGAUUACAGGUGUGAGCCACUGCGCCUGGCCUAUGAGUCGUAUGUUCUGAUCCUCCCUCUUGAAGUUGCCUUCUGCGGUCUAAGGAGGGCCUGAAGGUUCAGGUAAAAACUUUAGGGUGACCUUCACUGGGGGUGAUGGCUGUAUCCCAGCCUGGGCCCAGAGAUCCGUCAGCUGCCCAAGUCUCGCUGUCCAUGAGAGCCACCGCAGCCCCUCCCUGGGACAAGCAAGCAGACCUCAGUCUUGUAGCUCUCUGGCCUGGACCUCUUCGGCCCAGGACCUUGAGAACUAUUCCUAGCUCUGCUAUGGUUACUGUCCUCCCCCAGUUCAGGGGCAGCAGGUGGGACCUGGUGCCCUGGGGAUAACCCCUGUUCUCCCAUAACAGGCACAGGCAGGAAGGGACGGAAGCCCCCGCCUCUCUUGGGGCUGUCCCUCUGAGGAAGGAGUCGGUCUCCACCCUCUGACCCCCCCCACAAACCGUGUCCUGGAGACAGAAGAACCCCCUGCCCCUGAGUGCCAACCCACAGGCCUCAUCCCCGGCCACUCAGCACCCAGCUUUGAAGGGCUGUUUUAUGUGACGGCCACUCCCCUGCCUGUCAUGAGGGGGCCUGGGUGCUCAUCUCUGAUGGAGCCCUGCCAUCAAGACUGGGCAUUCCUGUCCAACAGGUGCCAGAGUUGCGAAAGGCCUGCGAUGGGGAACUCCACUCUUCCCUUGGCUGCUGUUCUGGGACUCACCCCUGCCUUCCUUCUGCUCAGCCCCUGGCAGCAAGCUCUCCAGGCUGGCAUUGCAGAGCUGGGAGUUCAGGGCUGGGUGGGGCAGGCCCAGCUGGUAAUGGCUGGCGAGUGCCACAGAGGUGUCAGGAGCUCUAGUACAGGCUUAGGGUGCCUCGUUCCCUGGACAGGUGGCUGGUCCAGGAGUGGGUGUGGAGCUUAGGUGGAGCAGAGGCGGCGGGUGGGAGGGACUUGGGACCAACUGGGACAUCACAUCCCUGGCUCUGGGUUAGAAAGCUGACAGUCCUUGAUCCUGUGGCCACUGCCCCAUUGUUCCUGCUCCUGAGGACUCAGUCUCAUGGCUCUGGCAGAGGUAUCCAGGACCUGCCUGCUCACGGUUCGUGUCCUGCAGGCCCAUCGCCUACCCUCUAAGGACCUAGUGACUCCCUCUGACUGCUACGUGACUCUGUGGCUGCCCACGGCCUGCAGCCACAGGCUUCAGACACGCACAGUCAAGAACAGCAGUAGCCCUGUCUGGAACCAGAGCUUUCACUUCAGGAUCCACAGGCAGCUCAAGAAUGUCGUGGAACUGAAAGUCUUUGACCAGGACCUGGUGACCGGAGAUGACCCUGUGUUGGUGAGGGGCGCCUGGAAGUUGAAUUUCGCCUGCAGAGUCUGUGAGUCGGGCCUGGGGCAGUUUGGAUGGGAGUGCCUCGUGGGAAGGACAGCACUAGUGCCUGGGGGAUGCCCAGGUCUCUGUGGGGUGAGAACCUGGACUUCUGCUAAGGGGGCUCUGGGGGCUCUUUCCAGGGCUGACCGUGGCGAGUGGCUCAUCAGCAAUGGCGUUCUGGUGGCCCGGGAGCUCUCCUGCUUGCACGUUCAACUGGAGGAGACAGGAGACCAGAAGCCCUCAGAGCGCAGAGUUCAGCUUGUAGUUCCUGGGUCCUGUGAGGGUCUGCAGGAGGCCUCUGUAGGCACUGGCACCUUCCGCUUCCACUGCCCAGCCUGCUGGGAGCAGGAGCUGAGUAUUCACCUGCAGGAUGCCCCCGAGGAGCAACUAAAGGUGCCACUGAGUACCCUGCCCUCUGGCCAACUGGUGAGGCUUGUCUUCCCCAUGUCCCAGGAGCCCCUGAUGAGAGUGGAGCUGAAAAAAGAAGCAGGACCGAGGGAGCUGGCCAUGCGACUGGGCUUCGGGCCCUGUGCAGAGGAGCAGGCCUUCCUGAGCAGGAGGAAGCAGGUGGUGGCCGCGGCCCUGAGGCAGGUCCUGCAGCUGGAUGGAGACCUGCAGGAGGAUGAGAUCCCAGUGGUAGCUAUUAUGGCCACUGGUGGUGGGAUCCGGGCAAUGACUUCCCUGUAUGGGCAGCUGGCUGGCCUGAAGGAGCUAGGCCUCUUGGAUUGUGUCUCCUACAUCACCGGGGCCUCAGGCUCCACCUGGGCCUUGGCCAACCUCUAUGAGGACCCAGAGUGGUCUCAGAAGGACCUGGCAGGGCCCACUGAGUUGCUGAAGACCCAGGUGACCAAGAACAAGCUGGGUGUGCUGGCCCCCAGCCAGCUGCAGCGGUACCGGCAGGAGCUGUCUGAGCGUGCCUGCCUGGGCUACCCAAGCUGCUUCACCAACCUGUGGGCCCUCAUCAACGAGGCGCUGCUGCAUGAUGAGCCCCAUGACCACAAGCUCUCAGAUCAACGGGAGGCCCUGAGUCAUGGCCAGAACCCUCUGCCCAUCUACUGUGCCCUCAACACCAAGGGGCAGAGCCUGACCACUUUUGAAUUUGGGGAGUGGUGCGAGUUCUCUCCUUACGAGGUUGGCUUCCCCAAGUACGGGGCCUUCAUCCCCUCUGAGCUCUUUGGCUCUGAGUUCUUCAUGGGGCGGCUGACGAAGAGGCUUCCUGAGUCCCGCAUCUGCUUCCUAGAAGGUAUCUGGAGCAACCUGUAUGCAGCCAACCUCCAGGACAGCUUAUACUGGGCCUCAGAGCCCAGCCAGUUCUGGGACCGCUGGGUCAGGAACCAGGCCAACCUGGACAAGGAGCAGGUCCCCCUUCUGAAGAUAGAAGAACCACCCUCAACAGCAGGCAGGAUAGCUGAGUUUUUCACCGAUCUUCUGACGUGGCGCCCACUGACCCAGGCCACACAUAAUUUCCUGCGUGGCCUCCAUUUCCACAAAGACUACUUUCAGCAUCCUCACUUCUCCACCUGGAAAGCUACCGCUCUGGAUGGGCUCCCCAACCAGCUGACACCUUCGGAGCCCCACCUGUGCCUGCUGGAUGUUGGCUACCUCAUCAAUACCAGCUGCCUGCCCCUCCUGCAGCCCACUCGGGACGUGGACCUCAUCCUGUCAUUGGACUACAACCUCCAUGGAGCUUUCCAGCAGUUGCAGCUCCUGGGCCGGUUCUGCCAGGAGCAGAGGAUCCCGUUCCCGCCCAUCUCGCCCAGCCCGGAAGAGCAGCUCCAGCCUCGGGAGUGCCACACCUUCUCUGACCCCACCUGCCCCGGAGCCCCUGCGGUGCUGCACUUCCCUCUGGUCAGCGACUCCUUCCGGGAGUACUCGGCCCCUGGGGUCCGGCGGACACCCGAGGAGGUGGCGGCUGGGGAGGUGAACCUGUCUUCAUUGGACUCUCCCUACCACUACACGAAGGUGACCUACAGCCAAGAGGACGUGGACAAGCUGCUGCACCUGACACAUUACAAUGUCUGCAACAACCGGGAACAGCUGCUGGAGGCCCUGCGCCAGGCGGUGCAGCGGAGGCAGCAGCGCAGGCCCCACUGAUGGCCGGGGCCCCUGCCACCCCUGACUCUCAUUCAUUCCCUGGCUGCUGAGUUGCAGGUGGGAACUGUCAUGACGCAGUGCUUCAGAGCCUCGGGCUCAGGUGGCCCUGUCCCAGGGUCCAGGCUGAGGGCUGGGAGCUCCCUAGGGCCUCAGCAGUUUGCAGUGGGGUAAGGAGGCUGAUCCCAUUUGUGUAAUCAAUCACCCAAAACCCCGCGGCCCGUGUCUGUUUUCCCUUCUGUGCUACCUUGAGUAGUUGGAGCACUUGAUACAUUAGACUCAUACAAAUG